AUGUGUCAAUCUGUAUAUUAUCGUGUACAUCAAGUACAAUUUUUUGAAAUUUCAGUAUCAAAUGAUAGUUCAUUUGAACCUUUUUUUGAUAAAGUAGAAGAUUCUGCCGAAUCUCCUAUUAAAGCUGAUGAGGAUUGGAAGCUUGACUUGAAGUCUUUGAUUUCAAUAAAUACUUAUGCACUUGUUUUAUACUUGUCACUCAUGCAUUGGUAUAAGGAUGAAUAUAUCAAUUCAAGCGAUACCUAUUCUAGUGAGACAAUUAUAAGUAAUGGCUAA